UCUUGUGAAGUUUAUUUGUUGCUUGACUGCCACAAUAAGCACUCAGUUGAUGAAGAUAUUUGUGAAUCUUUUAAUAUAUUGGUCUCAGCCUCAAGCUUAAAGGUUACAAAGAAGCUAGAUCUGAAUUUCUAAUUUUGUGUUUGGUUCUACUUUCAAGUACUAAAGCACCUACUUAGGCCAAGCUAUUCUAACCUAGCUUCUAAAUUUCUGCAUCAUUAGAUGUCAUAUAGUUAUCGGUUUUUCUUACUUUCCUGUUUCUUUUCUUUGUAUUUUGGUUCCUAUCCUUUUGCUGACUUAAUUUUCUGAUUUACUCAGAUUAAAAUGAUUGUUGUGCUUGGAGAACUUGGUGGUCGAGAUGAGUAUUCCCUAGUGGAAGCCUUGAAACAGGGGAAAAUCAGUAAACCUGUGGUUGCUUGGGUCAAUGGAACUUGUGCACGUCUCUUCAAGUCGGAAGUACAAUUUGGUCAUGCGGGAGCCAAAAGUGGUGGUGAGAUGGAGUCUGCACAAGCCAAGAAUCAAGCACUUCACGAUGCUGGAGCUGUUGUCCCAACUUCAUUUGAAGCAUUUGAAACUGUGAUAAAAGAAACAUUUGAGAAGCUGGUUGAGGGGGGCAAUGUUACUCCUACAAAGGAAGUUUAAGCCUCCACAAAUCCCUGAGGAUCUUAAUACUGCUAUUAAGAGUGGAAAAGUCCGAGCUCCAACUCAUAUUAUAUCCACCAUAUCUGAUGACAGAGGAUACCGGGAGGACAGCAGUCCUGAAUUUCUGCUUCAAACUGGAAAUAAACUCUGCUAAAUCUGUCUUUUGGAGGAGCUCAUUGAGAAUAAGGUUAACAUUUCUUAUGUUCAAAAGAUGUUAUCAUUGCUUUGUACUCACCUGUCUUUCCUUAGGAAACAAAUAUUGCAUUAAGUUUGCAAUAAAAAACAAAGCAAGUACUUCUAAGUGAUUAAUCAACGUUGCCUAUUUGGACAUCUGAAAUAUGAUCACUGAAACAAAUUCUUUGUCUAAUAUGUUUUAUUUUUCCUAUGCAGCUUGAUGGGUUUAUCAUCCCUCUGUUACAAGGGAAUAUCCUGAAGCUUUUCAAUGCUUAUUUUGUGUGUGUGUGCGCGCGCAUGUGUUUAUGCAUGAGCACAUGCGUGCGUGUUAAAGGUAACUAUGGAUGCAAGAGUAGUUUCUUAUUUAUGGUGUUUUCACUUAACCAAGGCAUAAGCUAUCAGACUGGACAACUCAAGCUGAAAAAUUCCCCAGCCAUAAUUACUUUAAUUUCAAGGAGGUGUACACGGCGCCUAGGUAGUGCAAUAUAGACAUCACUGGUUUUUGUUCCUAUUAAUAUGGCUAUGGCAAAACAUUGUAGUAAGUGGUUGUUAUGUUGAAUGGAGGGACCCGAAUGUGGAGAAGAGGGGCUAACCUUGAAGGUUCUAUGUCUUCAUUUUUACAGGUAUUAUUUCCACAGGAAAUGUGCCUUCAGAUACGGAUUGUUCCGGUUAAUAUCUUUUCAACUCAAUAUCUUAAGUGGACCAAUUCACUGGCUGACUUGCUUUUUUCUU